UCCGUGAACCCGCGCGCGUUUUAUCGGCGUGUCCGCCACGUGAGUGCCAUGACGAAGUAGUAGGUGAUCAGAAGAAGUUCAUCGCGAAAAGCAAAUAUUAAUAAAGAAAAAUAAAGAAGAAAAUAUCAUAAAGCGAGUCAUAUAAACAGUAUAAACAAAUUGAAUUGAAGACUAGGAAGUUGUUACAAAAUAAAAACAAAGUUGAUUGUCGUCACCAUGGAAUUGUCGAUGUUUAUGUUGUUGGUGAUCUGCGGAUCGAUCCGUGGAUACUCCUGGCCCGGAGACGAAACUACGACGAGGCCAUCCCCGAAGGAUUUCCACUUCGAUCCUCUGGUUGUGGAAACCACGAGCGGUUUGGUGCGAGGCUUCUCGAAGACGGUCUUAGGCAGGGAAGUGCAUGUCUUCACCGGAAUUCCCUUCGCUAAACCACCUAUCGAACAGCUCCGUUUCCGGAGACCGGUCAAGAUUGACCCUUGGCACGGAAUCCUGGAUGCCACGAAGUUACCCAAUUCCUGUUACCAAGAGCGUUACGAGUACUUCCCCGGGUUUGAAGGCGAAGAGAUGUGGAACCCGAACACGAAAAUAUCGGAGGACUGCCUUUACUUGAACAUCUGGGUGCCGCAACGUCUGAGGAUCAGGCAUCACGCUGAUAAACCUGUGCACGAAAGGCCUAAAGUGCCGGUGCUGAUCUGGAUUUACGGAGGCGGUUACAUGAGCGGAACUUCUACUUUGGAUAUUUACGAUGCCGAUAUUGUUGCGGCUACGAGUGAUGUUAUCGUUGCUUCCAUGCAGUAUCGAGUUGGAUCCUUCGGUUUCUUGUAUCUUAACAAGUAUUUUGGACACGGAAGCGAGGAGACACCUGGUAACAUGGGAUUGUGGGAUCAGGCUUUGGCUAUACGUUGGAUCAAAGAGAAUGCCGCUGCUUUUGGCGGAGAUCCUGAUCUGAUUACGCUGUUUGGGGAGUCCGCUGGCGGCGGUUCGGUCAGCAUCCAUCUGUUGAGCCCUGUGACCAAGGGAUUGGCGAAGCGGGGUAUCCUACAGUCCGGAACGAUGAACGUGCCCUGGAGCUACAUGACCGGUGAACGCGCCCAGCAGAUCGGCGAGGUUCUCGUCCAGGAUUGCGGCUGCAACGUGACCUUGCUCGCAUCCAAACCGCAGCAGGUUAUGGACUGCAUGAGAGCUGUAGAUGCUAAGACCAUCUCUUUGCAACAGUGGAACUCUUAUUCCGGUAUCCUCGGCUUUCCAUCCACACCUACUAUUGAUGGCGUCUUCCUCACCAAACAUCCUAUGGACAUGCUGCGCGAAGGCGACUACGAAGAUAUGGAAAUCCUCCUAGGAAGCAACCAAGACGAAGGUAAUAUUCCUCAUUCAUCCAAAUCACUAAUAUUCACUUCUUUGGAAAUUGUGAAAAAGAGAUUUUUUUUUUUUAAUUUAUUGCACAAAACUUUAAUUCUGAAUAUUAUGGUUUAG